AUGAGGUUAACUGGAUUAAUUACUAGUGAUGCAGAGCAUCACAAUAAUUGGGUUAAUUGCUGUUUACAGGUGAUUUCUAGCUUGUCUCAUGCCAUAGGCAAGCAAAAGGAAAGGAUAGAGUUGAUGAGAACAUUCUUCCACUGGCGAAUUGGCCAUGUUAAAUGCAGACAGGAUGUCUAUGAAGGUAAACUAGCUGACCAGUACUUCCAGAGAACUUUACUGAAGAAGGUCUGGAAAGGCUGGCGGUCCGUAGCACAGAAGCAGUGGAAAGAGGUAGUAGAACGAGCUUGUCAAGCAAGAGCGGAAGAAGUUUGUGUCCAGAUUUCCAACGAUUAUGAAACCAGAGUUGCUGUGUUAUCUGGAGCUUUGGAAAAUGCAAAAGCUGAGAUUCAAAGAAUGCAGCAUGAAAAAGAACACUUUGAAGAUUCCAUGAAGAAAGCUUUCAUGAGGGGGGUGUGUGCAUUAAAUCUCGAAGCCAUGACUAUAUUUCAAAACAGAGGUGAUACAGGGAUAGACUUCACAAAUAGAAAAGAAGAGUAUGGCCCUGGCGUUCAAGGCAAAGAACAUUCUGCUCCUUCGGAUCCUCUGGCCCCUCCAGUGCCCCCCGUGGUUGCACCGCCACAGUCCCCGCCCCCAGCUGCCAUGGGAGCGGCCGGCGCCGCUGCUUUUCCCUCCGCGGCUUCCAUCCCGUCGGCUGGGGCUCCUUCCGCUUCCUCUGCUCACUUUCCCGUUUCUGCAACUCUCGGCACUGCUGCCCCAGAAGAAAUGUAUGUGCCCAGAGUUGUGACAUCUGCACAACAGAAAGCUGGAAGAACAAUUACAGCCCGGAUCACAGGGAGAUGUGAUUUUGCCUCAAAAAACAGAAUUAGUAGCAGCUUAGCUAUAAUGGGAGUUUCUCCUCCCAUGAGCUCAGUUGUUGUGGAAAAACAUCAUCCAGUCACAGUGCAAACCAUUCCUCAAGCUGCUGCAGCAAAAUAUCCCCGGACAAUUCAUCCUGAAAGUACCUCAGCUUCUAGAUCCCUUGGAACCAGGUCAACUCACACCCAGUCUCUCACAAGCAUUCAUUCCAUAAAAGUGGUUGACUAAAAUGAAUAUGCACAUAUUGAGAUCUUUUAAUUCUUCUGAUUUUACCAAGAAUUAGAAGUCUCUAGUUGUUAAAAUUUCAUAUUCUCGGAACAUCAUAGAUAUAUCAUGUUCAUCUUUUCAAAAUUACAAGAGACUUUUUCAAGCCAUACCAUCCUGUGUAACUAUAUGUAGGAUUAUUUUAAUUUUAAUGUUAUUUUUUUAAUUUAAGCAAUUAAGUAAAACUUUUUUAAAUUAAAAAAUGACUUAAUUUUUUAAUAGGUUCAGCCUGUCACUGAUUACACCAUAAGAGUAUAUAAAUCCUGUUUUCUCAACGUUAUUUCCAAAAGGCUAAAUCAUUUCCAAUGUUACCAAGUAAACUUUGAGAACUUUACUAAAAAUAUUAAAACUAAUAGAAAAAUUAAGGUAUUUUUAUUUUAAAAUUUAAAAAAAGUAAUGAUACUUUAAUACAAAGUUUUUGUG